ACGCCGCACAAAGCGCCUUCGAGUGGAGAAACUCCGAGGCGUGGCACCGUCGGGCGGAAAUGAGCCGAAGGUGCCGGCAUCAAAGCAUACCACAUGCCUCUGCUGUGGCUUUGUUCGUCUGCCUCUUGGUCGCCGCGGGGGCAGAGCCACAGCAUUACGAUGGUGAAACAAGGAGAGAAGACGACGUGGCGGUGCGGCUGGCGCGCUUCGUCGAAAGCUUGUACGAAGAUCUAGAAGAAGCAGCCCAAACAAAUGUCGCCAAGCCUUUUCCAUCGCACGAAGCUUUUCACGAGUUCCACAAUCAACCAGUUCGACCCUUUCAGCAAGGAAGGUCACCAGGGAGCGGAGGGGCUGCAUCGCCUCCACCAACGAGGCCGCCACCAGGAUCAUCCGGUCAGCCGGUGGCUCCUCCUGGCGCAACCACACCUCCACGGAGACCACCAGGAACUGCUUUAUUCGGAGAACCAUUCGAGCCACCAAACGAGCCUCAGAAACCCCCUGCGCCAUCCAGGGGAACAGGAGGGUAUGGAAGGCCUGAGGGACCCCUUCUUCCACCCAGUAAUGUGCUCGAGCCAGAAAUUGUUGGUCCCGUUCUAGAGUACGAACCACCUGACCUACCUCAAAGGCCACCAGUAUUCAGCGGUUAUCCUAUCAACACUAUUGACUUGCCGCCAGCUCCUCCGCGGCAGCCACCCAAACCAAGGCCCUCACCGCCACCUGCAGCGCCUCAACCACCAAAAUUUGUUGGUGUUCUCAUUCCCGCGGAUAAGACACCUGUUUUGCCACAACCUCCAUUUCCACCAUCAGGACCACCCGCGCCUAGGCCACCAACUUCAAGGCCUCCGGCUCCAAGGCCACCACCGUCUCCAAGACCACCCGCGCCCCGGCCACCAGCUCCCAGGCCACCAGCACCCGGCACAAGCCGUGUUCCUCCAACGCCACCUCCACCAUUCGCUAGGCCACCAUCAGGAGUGGGUGGUAUCUCAUUCGAUGUGCAAACUGGAGUGUCGAAGCCCGGGCCAGGGCAACCACCUGUAACUCCUGGUCCACCAGAGGAUGGUUUUGGAUAUGGACCCCCAAGGCGCCCUCCUCCUUCUCUUUCACGACCUGGCCUCAGUCCCUUACCUCAGCCACCUAGGUUUCCGGCAGGCCCUCAACCUGGGGCUGCGCCUCCCAGGCCACCGUCUUUGCCACGCCCCCAGGCACCGCCACCAUUCCCUCUUCCCCGACCUCCUGGUCCUCCACCCUCUCCUCCUCGUGGUGUUGCCUUGUUUCCUGAAGGAAGACCUCCACCUGCAGCUCCUCAGCCACCUAGGCCAGGUGGCUUUCUGAUUCCGGGGACCCCACCACCACCGGCACCCCCUCAAUUUCCGGCACCAUCACCACCACCAGGCUUCUUUCAACCAGGAGUGGGUCCCACGACGCCGGGGCCUCCCAGACCAGUAACAUCUGGUGGGCCUGCUCCCCCUGGAACAGCCAGACCACCAUCACCACAACGUGGACCAGUCACUGGUGGACGGAAGCCUUCUGACAUACCUCAUCACAAGUUCCACGAAUUCCUUGUCACAGGACCCAAAGCACCUAGACCUGGAGGCGCACUAUUCCCUGGAGCGGGUGUGCCAGGACAGAGACCAACAGGACAACAACCAAGACCGCCUUCACCAACACUGGGAGGGCCAUUCAUCCCUCCGUCUCCGCCAACCUUUCCCAUAGCAGCACCACCAAGGCCAGGCGCUCCUCCACAGGGACCUCCUCCCCCAGGAGCUGGUCGUCCACUGGUGCCACCAUCUCCACCAGGCUUUCCCACUCCACUUCCUCCUAGACAAGCUCCUCCUUCACUGGGGCCUGGUCGCCCACCAUCUCCUCCAAGCUACCCCGUGCCAGCACCUCCCAGACCUGGAGGACCUCCACUGGGACCACCACUAGGGCCACCUCCACCAGGACCAGGUCGUCCACUGAGGCCACCGUCCACACCAGGAUUCCCCUCACCUGCACCACCACGACCAAGCAGUCCACCAUCAGGGCCUGGACGUCCACAACGGCCACCAAGGCCACCUCCAAGCUAUCCAGCACCAGCGCCCCCAAGACCAGCUGGUCCUCCACUCGGACCACCACCACAAGGUCCGCCGCCACCAGGGCCUGGCCGUCCACUAAGGCCGCCAUCACCACCAGAUUUCCCAAUACCCGCUCCACCGAGGCCAGGAGCCCCACCGCCAGGGCCUGGUCGCCCGUCAAGGCCACCGACACCACCAGGAUUUCUGUCACCACCAUCACCACCGAGGGGACCCCCGCCACCUCGACAACCACUUCCAGCUGGUCCACCACCCACUCCUCCAGCAUUGCCGGAAACACCCGGCUACCCCUCACCGCCAGCUCGGCCACGUCCAAGCCCACGGCCUGGAGUAGCACUUUAUCCUGAGGGAAGGCUACCAGAGAGGCCACCAUCAGGCUUUGGGAGGUUUCCUGCUUCGCCUGGUAGAGGGCCACCCCCAGGGGGACCAGGAGCAUUCCCCACACCAGGUAUAGCUCCAACCCCUGGAGGAUUCCCAAGACCUACUCCAAGGCCAGUACCAUCACCAGCUCCCCCACGGCCUCCCUCCUUCCCAACACCAGGGCCUGGACCAUUUCCAGCUAUUCCAAGUGGCCCUCCGAGGCCACCUACUAUAAGACCCACACUACCACCAACGCAACCGCCUCGACAACCACAACCCCCAGCAUUUCAACCGGGACCAUUUCCUGGACCACCAACAUUCGAGGACGAAUUUCCAGAAACUCCCGGAUAUGGCUCAAAACCAUCCAGAAAACGACCACCACCUCCACCAGCUAGGGGGACAGCCAUAUUUGGUGAGCCUGGCAUACCUUCUCCCCCUCGAAGACCACCAUCGCCACCUUCACCACGGCCUCCCACCCCGCCGCUGGGGCCGAUAACCCCAAAACCACCUCCUGGUGGUCCAGCUAUAACACAGCAAAUACCACGACCAGGGCCCCCUGCACCCGUUCCAGGGCCUUUCCCACCGCGAACACAGCCACCACCUGGUUCACCUAGCAUACCUGGAAUUCCACCACAGAUACCUAGGCCACCAUCACCACAGCGGGUACCCGGACCACCAGUGCAACGUCCACCAUCACCUCCGCAACCUGGUGGAAGACCAAAACCAUCUGUUCAUGACAUUCCACACCACAAAUUCCAUGAAUUUUUAGCUCAACCAGUCAAACCUGGUUCUGGAGCAGGGCGAGUUCCUGGUAUUGGUGGUUACCCCUCCCAACCACCUAAGCCUCCAUCGGCAGGAGCCGCUUUGUUUCCGCAAGGACCACCACCGGGACCUCCACUUCGCUCUCCAGGAUCUCCAGCCCCACAAGCUCCACCACCACCUAGGUUUCCUGGACCACCUCCUCCACAACCAUCACUUCCACCACAAAGGCCUCCACAGCUACCAUUUCCUCCUGGUUCCCAAGUACGACCCCCUGUGCCUGGAGGUUCACCCUCACCACCUAGACCUCCAACACCCUUUCCCCCACCACCCCAAAGACCACAACCUGCGUUCCCUUCACCACCAGCACCCCAAAGACCCCCACCAGGUGUAGAUCUAUUCCCUGAUACCCCAUCCUAUGGAGGCAGACCUGCAAGACCUAGACCAAGACCUCCUCCUCCCACUUCUCUGGCCCCUCCGCCAGUUCCAAGGCCCCAACAACCACCCAGAUUCCCCCAACCCGGCCAGCAGCAACAGCCAUUUCCAAGUCCGAGGCCUCCAAUCGGCCCCUCUCCUCCUUCGCCCAGGCCUCCAGUACCAGCACCAUCACCCCCUGCACCGCGUCCACCACCACAACCUCGACCUGGUCAGCGACCUGCCCUUGCUCCACCAGGACUGAGACCAUAUCCAGGCCCCCCACCUAUACGACCAACCCCAGCACCACAACCCAGGCCAUUCCCUGGUCCGUCUCCUGUGCAACCGUUCCCUGGACCACCUCCCCCAGUAGCCCCGACUCCAGGACCAACCUUUGCACCAAGACCACCACCAGGCCCACGGCCAAGCCCAGGUCCACGACCAACUCCAGCUCCAACUCCAUUUGUGUCACCCCCUGGGUCCGGUGGUGCUGAAUUCCCUGAAGCACCUGGUUAUGGGGCAAGACGCCCACGUCCAAGGCCACCACCAGGCGUAGCCUUGUAUCCUGAAGGCGUAACGCCCUCUAGGCCCCCUCUAGGCCCAGGUUUCCGCCCUGGACCUACACCAAAAGGACCACAACCUCGACCACCAACACCCACUGGUCAACCGCCCUUUCCGAUACCAGGGACUCCUCCAAGACCACCAGCACCUCCAAGACAACCAGCUCCUCCAACACCUUCAAGACCCGGUACACCAUCCCCACCACCUUUCGGGCCUCCUACCUCAGGUCAGUUCCCUCAGCCUCGGCCACCCUCCCCACCAGGAUCAUCGCGACCAACUCAACCAGGGCGUCCAGGAGGCCAAAGACCUUCUGUUUCUGAUAUACCCCAUUCGAAAUUCCAUGAAUUUCAUCAGCAACCUAUCAGACCACAAGUAGGAGGUAGACCUCGCCCUGGACCUUCACCUCCAACUCCUGGAGUUGCUUUAUAUCCUGAACCUGGACCAGCAAGGCCAACAGGACCACCACGAUUUCCAUCGCCACCAACACCAGCCCAACCUUUCCCAUCUCCCAGACCUCCAGGGCCACCGGAACAACCAAGACCUCCUCUUCGUCCUACACCAGCACCUAGGCCUCCAGCAUACGUACCUCCAGCACAGCCACGUCCUCCACAAUUUCCAGAACCUCCCGGGCCAGUGCCUGCACCGCCUCGCCCAGUACCGAGACCACCUGGACCCCCACGGCCUUCUCCGCCAACCAGGCCUCCUUCACCUAGGCCACCAGCAUAUCUACCUCCUGAAUCAUCUCCAACGCCGAGACCUCCUUCACCUGCACCUCCUACACAACGACCACCUGCACCACAGCGACCAGUGCCUUCACCUAGGCCACCAGCAUAUCUGCCACCUCAACCAUCUCCUGUACCGAGACCUCCCUCACCUUUGCCUCCUGCACCACGGCCACCUGCACCACCCAGACCAUCUCCAUUACCAAGACCACCAUCACCUGCCCCUCCGUCUUCCCGUCAGCCUCAACUACCACGACCAACGCCAGCACCAAGACCUCCAUCACCUCUGCCUCCAGCUGCACGGCCACCUCCACCACCACGACCAGCUCCAACCCCAGGGCCACCAGCUUUUGUACCACCUGGCCCAACUAGCCAAAGGCCGCUACCACCAUCUCCAAGGCCGCCUUACGGACCCCCGCAAUUUCCAAGUUCCACUCCUGUACCAUUCCCUCCAAGGCCCCCAGCUCCUACUGGACCAUCGCGCAUACCACCUCCUUCUCCCCCAUCUCCAGGAUUUGUGACACCGCCCCCCUACAGGCCUUCUCGUCCAGCAUCCCCACAAAUACCACAAGGUCCGGGAGGUACGAGAGUCCCACCGAGCUUUCCAGCACCGCCACCAACUAUACCACGACCAAGUCCACGGCCACCACAGCCAUCACCACCUCCCCAACCACAAGUAACACCGCCCAUUCAAGGACCAGUGCCUCCACCAUCGGGUUUCCCCGAAAGUCCAGGCUAUGGAAGCAAGCGCCCUACAAGGCCCAGGCCACCCGCGUCAGGAGGACGGCCACUACCAGCUGGACCACUUCCUCCUGUUCCACCACCACUUCCGAAUGUCCCUGAACCAGCAAGGCCAGAAAUACCACAGCCUGUACCACAACCCUUUCCUGAAGCACCAGGUUAUGGACAAGGUAGACCAAGGCCACCACCCACGCCACAACCCCGCCCUCAGGCUCCUGGGCUAGCUCCACCUUUAAGUCCACAAGGACCGACCCAGGUCCGGCCACAAGUACCACCAAGGAGGCCAUCAGGAACGGCCCUUUUCGGCGAGCCUGGAGAGCCAUCCCCCAGGCCACCUAGACCAAGACCUGGACCAGGUGCUGGUCCACAACCCCCGUCACCAGAACCAUUCCCAGAAGAACCUGGUUAUGGUUCAAAACGACCAAGGCCUGGAGCUACACCGUCUGGUCCAGGCACACGACCAGGAGGAGGUGUUCUUUUUCCUGACACUCAGACUACCGCGAGGCCUUCGAUCCCCGGAGGCACGCCUAAGGACACUGGAGAGGGAAAGCCACCUAUACGCUUCCCUUCUCAUAAAGCGUUUCACGAAUUCCAUAAUGCUCCCAUCAGAAUUCGAAAUAACGUAGGUUGAGGUGGAUAGAAUGUUCUGGGCUCCAUUUCGGCACAGGUCCUAGCUGUACUAUGUGGGCAUACUGUCUCCAUAAUAUCUGGAGAACGGAUUUACCACCGAAGAAACCUAGCGCUAGCUUUGGUUGCUGCACGCAGCUCUGCAUUACAAAGGAAGAACAUGAUGGAAAAGCACAUCAAUUACUUAUGAAAAGAACGCAGUGCUAUCGGCGUGACCAAAUAAAACAUAAGAGCACUGAAAUCAAAUAGCCUGUAUCAUUUUUGCUGCUGGAAGAGUCUGACGUUUACAUGCCAUUGUAUAUUCUUGUUAAUAACUCUGUCAUUGUUUGUGAGUGAGACAUACCUGCGGUUGUAUUUUUCUUGUUGCUAUAUUUAAGUUUCUUCAAUAAAGACAUACAACAGCAGGCA